GAUUGGCUCGCUUGCGUCGCGUUAUGUGCGCGCAUGUUCCCAAAAUCUAUCCAUGUUCUCCUAGAUCGACACUCGCGCACAGUAAGAAGACGCCGCAAGUAACAGGGCGGCGGCUUGUCUUGGCCAAUAGCGUCGCGAGAGAACACAAAAGAUACUGGGGUUCCUUUAAUUCGGGGCAGGGCGUGAGCUGCGUGCAGGAAAAGACCGGCACAGUCCUUGAGGAGCGUCUUCGAGGAGCCGACGACAGUUCAUCUCCGAUUGGACUUGGCUGGAAGCAUCCCAGCGAAUUUCUCCCCGAGAAAAGCUUCCUCGCCCUGCAUCGACUCCGGCGGGAAAGCGUGUCAGCAUCAUGGGUCCUCUACUUUUGAUGGCUGUGCUUGCGCUCUUUACAGGCCAAACUCUGUCGCAAGAAAUGUGUGUCACAAAUCAGUGCCAAAAUGGGGAGAAUUGCUACAACCGACCAGUUGAUGCCAUCAGCCCCGAGGGGUACAUCUGUGAGUGUAACCUGCCCUUCAGAGACGGCUACAACUGUGCCAUCGGCCCUGACAACCAAGAGGUCUACACUUGUUUUGGCAGCUCCUGCUUGACGGGGACAUUCACGAGCAAGGACUGGCCCAACGAGUACCCCAGCCGAUACCGCGCCCUCUACCUCCUGUACAUACCUGGUGCCAACGGCAUCAAGUUCACCUUCAAUGCGCCCUUCUCGAUCGAGAUGGAUAAGGACGAGCUGUACAUUGGGAAAGGCCUGACGGUCGACUUUAACCAGCUCCUUGGGACGGACACGGUUGGGCCCGAUGUGCUGUUCUUUGAGGGUGACCAGCUGCCCGGAGAGGCGGUCCUCGAUAACACCGACGUGGCCUACCUCUAUUUCAUCACGGAUAAAAACAUUCAGUUUGCCGGCUUUUCCGUGUCCUUUCAGAUGGUGGACAUUGAUCCUCCGGCUAUCAUCAACUGUCCGUCCGACAUCUCACUGACGACAGAGGUCCCUGAGGGCACGCAGGCCGUUUGGACAGCACCUACGGCCACAGACGCGAGCGCCUUCACCACCACGUCAACCCACGUCCCCGGCCAGCUCUUCCCCCAGGGCCCCACCACAGUGACCUACGUCUUCCGAGACGCAUUGGGAAAUGAGGCCACUUGUUCCUUCACGGUGACGGUCACAUUGAUUGAUGAGCAACCCCCCCAGAUCCAGACCACUACGGAUGACAUCACCGUGACCGUCCCCUUUGGCACAACCGGGACCUCGGUCAACUGGAAUGAGCCGACGGCAACAGACAACCUGGGAACCGUGUUCACCAGCAGAAGCAACGAUCCUGGAAGCUUCUUUCUCACCGGAACGUCUACCCUGGUCACUUACACCUUUGCCGAUACGUUCGGUAAUACUGUAAGCACGUCGUUCACUGUCCAAGUCGUUGAAGAAGCUGAUGCGAUUCCGCCGGUGGUGACCAGCUUUCCAUCAGACAUCACUAUCACCGUGCCCUUUGGAACCACGAGCGCUGUUGUCAACUGGGACGAGCCGUCGUCCACAGAUAACUCUGGCACAUCCACUGCAAGUUCCAACUUGCCCUCCGGAAGCACCUUCCCCGUCGGAACCACGCCCGUCACCUACACCUUCACUGACCCAGCCGGAAACACGGCCACCCAAACAUUCACCGUGAAUAUCAUCAUGCUGCCCGACACUGAGCCACCCAACGUCCUCACUUUCCCCGAGGACAUCACCUUGACCGUGCCAUUUGGAACGACCAGCACUGUGGUCAACUGGACACCCCCAACGGCCAACGACAACUCGGGCACGGUCAACACUGUCUCAGACGUUCAACCAGGAAGUUCUUUCCCACCAGGAGAAACUCAAGUGACCUACACAUUCACAGACCCAGCUGGAAACACUGUGAAUCGUGUCUUGAACGUCAAUGUUGUGGUUCUAUCGGACACCACGCCACCAGUCGUCACCAGUUUCCCAACUGAUGUCACCGUCACAGUGCCUUUUGGAACUGACAGCAUCCCGGUCACCUGGGAUGAGCCCACAUCAACCGACAACUCGGGAACCUCUACCCAGAGUACCAACAUCCCCUCAGGGAGCACUUUCCCCGUGGGUACAACCCCAGUCACAUACACCUUUGUCGACCCGGCCGGUAAUUCGGUGACGCGGACGUUUGAUGUUACAAUCAUCAUGCAGCCUGAUUCUGAGCCACCAUCUGUGCAGACCUUCCCCAAUGACAUCACUGUGACAAUUCCCUUCGGGACCCCCAAUUCCGUUGUCAAUUGGCCCGUGCCAACAGUGACCGACAACUCGGGCACGGUUAGCGUCAGUACCAACCAGGAGCCAGGGACGUCUUUUCCCAUCGGCUCAACUCCGGUGACGUACACGUUCACAGAUCCCGCCGGAAAUACAGUCACGCGUACUUUCACUGUCAACGUUGUAGAACUGCCCGACAGUACUCCACCCUCGGUUAACAGCUUCCCAGGAGACAUCACUAUCACCGUCCCAUUUGGAACCACGGAGACGCCUGUCAGUUGGAAUGAGCCCACGUCAACGGAUAACUCUGGAACCUCAACCCAAAGUUCAAACAUUCCUUCCGGCAGCACCUUCCCUUUGGGAAGCACGCCUGUCACCUACACCUUCACCGACCCAACUGGAAAUUCAGUCACUCGAACCUUCACUGUGAAUGUCAUUAUGCUUGCUGACAACGAGCCACCAUCUGUGCAGACCUUCCCAGAAGAUAUCACCGUGACAGUCCCCUUUGGGACCUCCAACUCUCUUGUCAAUUGGCCAGUGCCAACAGCGACCGAUAACUCGGGCACGGUUAAUGUCAACACCAACCGGGAGCCUGGAGGGUCGUUCCCGGUUGGCUCAACUCCAGUGACUUACACGUUCACAGAUCCUGCCGGAAAUACAGUCACUCGUACUUUCACUGUCAAUGUUGUAGAACUGCCCGACAGUAACCCACCCACGGUUGUCAGUUUCCCAGAAGACAUCACGGUCACCGUCCCCUUUGGAACCACGCAGACGCCUGUCAGCUGGAAUGAGCCUACCUCAACAGAUGACUCUGGAACCUCGACCCAGAGUUUCAACAUUCCUUCCGGAAGCAGCUUCCCCGUUGGCAGCACGCCUGUCACCUACACCUUCACCGACCCAACUGGAAAUUCAGUCACUCGAACCUUCACUGUGAAUGUCAUUAUGCUUGCUGACACCGAGCCACCAUCUGUGCAGACCUUCCCAAGGGAUGUCACCAUAACAGUUCCCUUUGGGACCACCAGCUCUGUUGUCAAUUGGCCAGUACCAACGGUGACUGAUAAUUCGGGCACAGUCAGUGUGAAUUCCAACAGAGAGCCUGGACAGACUUUUCCGGUUGGCACCACCCCAGUGACUUACACUUUCACUGACCCCACUGGGAACACGGUGACUCGCACGUUCAGUGUCAACGUAGUUGAAUUGCCCGACAGUAACCCACCGACAGUUACCAGCUUCCCUAAUGACAUCACGGUCACCGUCCCUUUUGGAACCAGAGAGACACCUGUCAGCUGGAAUGAGCCGACAUCCACAGAUAACUCCGGAACCUCGACCCAGAGUUCUAAUAUUCCUUCUGGAAGUAACUUCCCUGUUGGAAGCACGGCUGUCACUUACACCUUUACCGACCCAACUGGAAACACUGUCACUCAGACUUUCAAUGUUAAUGUCAUUGAGCUCGCUGACACCGAGCCACCAGCUGUGGAGUCUUUCCCCGAUGACAUCACAGUGACUGUUCCCUUUGGAACCACCAGCUCUGUUGUCAAUUGGCCGGCGCCAACGGUGACAGAUAACUCGGGCUCAGUCAGCGUCAAUUCCAACAGGGCGCCCGGAAGUUCGUUCUCUCUCGGCACAACCCCGGUGACUUACACUUUCACCGACCCCGCCGGCAAUACAGUCACUCGCACUUUCAACGUCAACGUUAUGGAAUUGGCUGACAAUGUCCCACCCGUGGUGACCAGUUUCCCACAGGACAUCACUGUCACUGUUCCGUUUGGGACCACAGAGACUCCCGUCACCUGGGAUGAGCCCACCUCCACAGACAAUUCCGGCUCGUCCUUCCAGAAUCCGUCCAAGCUGCCCGGCAGCAGCUUCCCCGUGGGAAGCACGCCGGUCACCUACACCUUCACCGAUCCAUCCGGAAACACCGUCACCCAAACUUUCACCGUGAACGUCAUUGAACUGGGUGACACCAGUCCACCAGUGGUUCAGACCUUCCCCAAUGAUAUCACUGUGACAGUCCCCUUUGGAACCACCAGCACAAUCGUCAAUUGGCCGGUUCCGACUUCCUCGGACAACUCGGGUACGGUCAGCACAAAUUCCAACCGGGAGCCCGGAAGUUCUUUCCCGAUUGGGACAACUCCGGUGACUUACACGUUCACAGAUCCCACCGGUAACACAGUCACCCGUACCUUCAAUGUCAACGUCAUGGCUCUGCCGGACACCACCCCACCCGUUGUCAACACUUUCCCGCAAGACGUUACUGUCACCGUCCCCUUUGGAACCACGGGGACCGUUGUCAACUGGGAUGAGCCGACGUCCACAGACAACUCUGGAACUUCAACCCAGAGUACCGACAUCCCUUCUGGAAGCAGCUUCCCCGUUGGCAGCACGCCUGUCACCUACACCUUCACCGACCCCGAUGGAAACUCAGUUACCCGGACUUUCACUGUGAAUGUCAUUGAGCUCGCUGACACUGAAGCACCAGUUGUGCAGAACUUCCCCAAUGACAUCACAGUGACAGUUCCCUUUGGAAGUGACAGCACCAUUGUCAACUGGCCGGAGCCGACAGUCACGGACAACUCGGGCACGGUCAACUCCAACUCCAACAGGCAGCCCGGCAGUGUCUUCCAACCAGGAACGACUGCCGUCAUUUACACAUUUACCGACCCCAGUGGCAACACGGUCACACGGACGUUCAACGUCAAUGUCAGGGUUGCAUCCGACAAUAGUCCACCGGUGGUGACCAGCUUCCCUGAUGACAUCACUGUCACGGUCCCCUUUGGAACCAUGGAAGCCACUGUCACUUGGGACGAGCCCACGUCCACGGAUAAUUCUGGAAGUUCCUCACAGAACCCCAGCCGGCCGUCCGGAAGCACCUUCCCCGUCGGGAGCACACCGGUCACCUACACCUUCACGGACCCAUCUGGCAACACGGUCACGCAGACAUUCACGGUCAAUGUCAUCGAGCUCCCUGACAACGAGCCUCCCUCCGUCAUAAGUUUCCCCAGCGACAUCACGGUGACCGUACCGUUCGGUGUCAGCCGCACUCCGGUCAACUGGUCGCCACCAGUGUCCACUGACAACUCGGGCACGGUCAGCGUCAGCAGCAACAGGGAGCCGGGGAGCUCGUUCCAGCCCGGCACGACCACUGUCGUCUACACGUUCACCGACCCCGCAGGCAACACCAUCACGCGAGACUUCGACGUCAAUGUUAUCGUUCAACCCGACACCACCCCACCUGUGGUCACCACCUUCCCAGCUGAUGUCAGCGUCACGGUGCCUUUUGGGAUCGACAGUGCCACGGUGACCUGGGAAGAGCCCACGUCCACGGACAACUCCGGUACCGCCACCCAGGUGGCCUCCAUUCAGUCUGGAAGCAGCUUCCCGCUGGGCACCACGCCGGUCACGUACACCUUCACUGACCCCAGUGGGAACACCGUUGAGCAGACUUUCAACGUCAGAGUCAUUCAGCUGCCCGACGACAUCCGUCCAGUGGUCACCAGUUUCCCAUCGGACAUCACCAUCACCGUCCCCUUCGGCACCACAAGUGCAGUGGCCACCUGGGACGAGCCCACGUCCACGGACAACUCAGGCACCUCAAACCAGAGCGGGUCCAUCCCCUCUGGUAGCACUUUCCCCCUAGGCAUCACGCCGGUCACCUACACCUUCACGGACCCCUCGGGCAACACGGUUACCAUGACCUUCAAUGUCAACGUCGUCAUGGAGUCUGAUAACGAACCCCCAGUCGUCGAUAGCUUCCCCAAUGACGUCACCGUGACUGUGCCGUUUGGCACGUCCAGCACCCCGAUCAGCUGGCCCACCCCGACGGCCACCGACAACUCGGGCACGGUCAGCAUCAAUUCCAACCGGGAUCCGGGCAGCAGCUUCACCCCGGGCUCCACCCAGGUCACCUACACAUUCACCGACCCAUCUGGAAACACCGUCACACGGUCGUUCAACGUCAACGUUGUUGUUCUGCCUGACGGUGUCCCGCCGGUGAUCACCAGCUUUCCCGCCGACGUCACGGUGACGGUGCCGUUUGGCACGACGGGCACCACAGUCACCUGGGAUGAGCCCACCUCAGUGGACAACUCGGGCUUCUCUUUCCAGAACCCCUCCAAGACCCCUGGCAGCUUCUUCCCCGUAGGCACCACCCCGGUCACCUACACCUUCAUGGACCCCACCGGCAACGGCGUGGAGAUGACAUUCAACGUCAACGUCGUCGAGUUGCCUGAUACCGAGCCUCCGGUCAUCGCAACAUUCCCCGAGGACAUCGUCCGGACGGUGCCAUUCGGAACCCUCAGCACCCCAGUCUCGUGGCAGCCCCCGACCUACACCGACAAUUCGGGCACCACAGAAAUCGCCACCAACAUCCAGCCGGGAAGUUCCUUCCUUCCGGGCACCACCCCGGUCACCUACACCUUCACCGACCCCUCCGGAAACAGCGUCAUCCGGUCAUUCAACGUCGUGGUGGUGGUUCUCCCCGACACUGAUCCACCAGUCGUCUUGACGUUCCCCUCCGACAUAACCGUCACUGUUCCCUUCGGGACCGGCAGCACCCCCGUCACCUGGGAUGACCCCACCUCCACUGACAAUUCUGGAUCGUCCUUUCAGAAUCCGUCCAUCACGCCCGGAAGUGCCUUCCCUGUUGGAACUACCCCGGUCACCUACACCUUCAACGAUCCGUCUGGCAACACGGUCACCCAGACUUUUGAAGUGACUGUCAUUGAGCUGCCUGACACUGAGCCACCGUCUGUCGAGACCUUCCCCAGUGACAUCACGGUGACCGUACCAUUCGGCACCCCAUCCACGUUGGUGAAUUGGCCCUUCCCGACUGCCACGGACAACUCGGGCACGGUCAACACCUUCACCAGCAACGAGCCCGGCAGCAGCUUCCCCGUAGGACAGACCACCGUCACCUAUACGUUCACUGACCCCUCUGGCAACACCGUCGCUCGGUCGUUUGACAUCAACGUCAUCACCCAACCGGACUCGGUUCCGCCUUCAGUCACCUCCUUCCCGGACGACAUCACGGUGACCGUGCCCUUCGGAGCCACCGGGACCGUCGUGACCUGGGACGAGCCCACCUCCACAGACAACUCGGGCGUCUCCAUCCAGAACCCCUCCAAGUUGCCCGGCAGUACCUUCCUUGUGGGAUCCACCCCCGUCACCUACACCUUCACGGACCCGUCUGGGAACAUGGUCGAGCGGACCUUUACCGUCAACGUUGUUGAACUGCCGGAUACGGAGCCUCCUGUGGUCACCUCCUUCCCCAGCGACAUCACCGUGACGGUUCCGUUCGGCACGGAGAGCACUCCAAUCACCUGGGUGCCGCCCUCGUCCACCGACAACUCGGGCACCGUGGAGACCAACUCCAAUCGGGAACCGGGAAGCUCCUUCCCACCCGGCACCACCCCCGUCACCUACACCUUCACCGACCCCGCGGGGAACACCGUCGCGAGGACGUUCAACGUCAACGUUAACGUGCUGCCUGACACCCAGGUGCCAACCAUUCUGACGUUCCCCUCGGACACGACCAUCACGGUGCCGUUUGGUAUCGACAGCGCCGUGGUCACGUGGGACGAGCCCACAUCCUCCGACAACUCUGGGGGAACCUUCCAGACUCCGUCCAAGCCCUCAGGGAGCGAGUUCCCCCUGGGAUCGACGCCCGUCACCUACACCUUCACCGACCCGGCUGGGAAUGAAGUGUCCCGCACGUUCACCGUGAAUGUGGUGCAGCUGCCCGACUCAACUCCUCCAGUGGUGACAAGCUUCCCCUCGGACGUCACCAUCACCGUGCCGUUCGGUACCACCGGCACCCCGGUCACCUGGAACGAGCCCACCUCCACGGACAACUCGGGCACCUCCUCGCAGAGCGGGUCCAUCCCCUCUGGCAGCGUCUUCCCCGUGGGCAGCACGCCCGUCACCUACACCUUCACCGACCCGGCCGGCAACUCGGUCACCCAGUCGUUCAUGGUCAACGUCAUCAUGCUGCCUGACACCGAGCCGCCACAAAUCGUGGAAUUCCCCGACGAUAUCACCAUCACGGUUCCGUUUGGCACGGACGAGGUCCCCAUCAACUGGCCUGUCCCGGCCGUCAGCGACAACUCGGGCACGGUCAACUCCAACAGCAACAAGCAGCCGGGGAGCAACUUCCAGCCGGGCACCACCCCGGUCACCUACACCUUCACCGAUCCUGCCGGCAACACCGUCACGCGGACGUUCAACGUCAACGUGGUGGUCGAACCUGACACGUCGGCUCCAGAGAUCAACACCUUCCCAUCGGACAUCACCGUCAUGGUUCCGUUCGGCAGCACGGGCACCACCGUCGACUGGGAUGAACCCACCACCACCGACAACUCGGGGACCUCGAUCCCGAGCAGCAACCUGCCGUCGGGAAGCUUCUUCCCCGUCGGCUCGACGCCGGUCACCUACACCUUCACCGACCCAUCGGGCAACACCAGGACCGAGACUUUCAACGUCAACGUCGUCAUGAUGCCCGACACAGAAGCGCCCGUCGUCCAGGAAUUCCCCGAGGACAUCACCGUGACUGUGCCGUUCGGCUCCGAUAACACCCCUGUCACCUGGCCGCAGCCCACAGUCACCGACAACUCGGGCACGGUUAACAGCAUCACCAACAAGCAGCCCGGGUCUUUGUUCCAGCCGGGCACCACCCCCGUGAUGUACACGUUCACCGACCCGUCCGGCAACGUCGUCAUGCGCACCUUCAACGUCAACGUCAUGGUCCUGUCCGACAAUUCGCCUCCCGUGGUCACCCGCUUCCCGUCCGACAUCACGCUAACGGUGCCCUUCGGGACAGACGAGACGCCGGUCAACUGGCAGGAGCCCACGUCUACUGACAACUCCGGGAGCUCCUUCCAGACUCCCUCGCUGCCGUCCGGUAGCACCUUCCCCGUGGGCAUGACGCCUGUCACCUACACCUUCACUGACCCGUCGGGCAACACGGUCGAGCGCACCUUCACGGUCAACGUCGUCAGGCUGCCGGACAAUGUCUUGCCUCUGAUCGUGGACUCCCCAGAGGACAUCGAAGUCUUUGUUCCCUUCGGCAGCACAGGUACCAACGUCAACUGGUCCCCGCCGACGGCCACCGACAACUCGGGUACCGUCAUCCCCAGUGCCUCCCAGGAGCCCGGCAGCUUCUUCCCGCUGGGCAACACCCCAGUCACCUACACCUUCACCGAUCCCGCCGGCAACAUUGCCACCACCAGUUUCAUGGUGAAGGUGACAGAGUUGCCUGAUACCAUACCACCCAUGAUCACCUCCUUGUCCGAGGACGUGACGGUCACCGUGCCUUUCGGGUCGCCUGGCACCACGGUCAGCUGGCCCGAGCCCACCGCCACCGACAACUCGGGCAGCUUCACCACCACCAAGACCGACGAGCCUGGCUCCUUCUUCCCGACGGGCUCGGUCACUCCAGUCACGUACACCUUCACCGACCCGGCCGGCAACACGGUCAGCACCACCCUCACCGUGCGAGUGGUCGAGGAACCGGACGAGGUCUCCCCCGUGUUCAUCACCUGUCAGUCGGACAUCACCUUUCACGUCCUGACGGGCAAGGCACCCGUGCCUGUCCAGUUCACCGCCCCGACGGCCAGCGACAACUCGGGCUCGGUCAACCUGGUCAUUCGAACCAAGAACCCAGGCGACAUGUUCAACGCCGGCCGCACGGCCGUGGAGUACAAGUUCGAGGACCAGGCUGGCAACUCGGCCUCUUGCACCUUCAACGUUGACGUCGUGGAAGCCAAUCCGUGCUCGCCCGAGCCCUGCCAGAAUGGAGCUGCCUGCGUGCCGGCCACCCUGACCACGUACACUUGCAUCUGCCCAGAUUGUUACUUGGGCGAUACCUGCGAAAUUGCCAUGGACGCUUGUGAGAACAACGCUUGCCUGAACGGUGCCGCCUGCGCGGCCCUGGCCGGCUCCUGCACUCAGUACGAAUGCCAGUGUCCUGCUUGCUACACCGGACAGUUCUGUCAGACCUUUGUUGACAGUUGCGAGAACAACCAGUGUGCCAAUGGAGCUCAGUGUGUCACCAGCCCGGACGACUGCCUGGAGUACACCUGUCGCUGCCCGCCUUGCUUCACCGGACGCUACUGUGACAUUCCCGUCGAUGCGUGCGACAACCACGGAUGCCUGAGCGGCGGUAUGUGCGUCCCGUCCUCCCUCACCACCUCUCUCUAUUCCUGCUCUCAGUACACCUGCUCCUGCACGGGAUGCUUCACCGGUGCACGCUGUGAAAUCCAGCGUGAUGCCUGCAACCCCAACCCAUGCCUGAACGGCGGAGCCUGCUCGUCCCUGCCUGAUUCCUGCUACUCUUACACCUGUCAGUGCAACGGCUGCUUCACGGGCUUCAACUGCGAAAUCCCCAUCCCCUCGCCAUGCGACAACAACCCCUGCCAGAACGGCGGCGUGUGCAGCGAGGUGCAGGGGGCCUGCGGUGCGUACACCUGCGCCUGCCCCAACUCCUUCAUCGGCCUCAACUGCGAAACACCGAUCAGCGAGAAUCCCAACCCCUGCAACAGCUUCCCCUGCAAGAACGGGGCGUCCUGCCUGACCAUGGACUCGGACCACUACAUGUGCCUCUGCACCGGCGACUACGUUGGGCCCAACUGCCAGACCCAGAGAGGCAACGCUCCUCAGCUGGACGCCUGCGGCUCCUUCCCCUGCAUCAACGGAGCGGCUUGCUACAAUAGCUUCAACAGCAACUCGGGAACCAACACGUUCAUCCCACAGUACUCCUGCAUAUGCGCCGACGGAUUCACGGGUACCAACUGCGAUACUGCUACCGGAGAUGCGCCAGCCCUGAACAUCUGCUCCCUCGGGGAGAGGCCACCAUGUCAGCAGGGUGCCCAGUGCUCCAAUGCUUACCACAGCCUGGACCAAGACGUGGAUUACUACUGCGCUUGCCCGGUCGGCUUCAUCGGCCACAACUGCGAGACUCCAAUCAGCGAUCCCUGCGCGAGCAACCCGUGCAGGAACGGAGCCAACUGCAUCGCCUUCAACACGUACUUCAUGUGCGAGUGCUUGCCCGGCUUUGGCGCCAAGACCUGUGAAACCCGCGAUGGUGACACCACCCCACCAUCCAUUAGCAACUGCCCUGCAUCCGUCUACCUCGGCAACAGCGGUUUGUCCGGCCAGACCGUGUCCUGGACCCCACCCACGGCCACUGACGACUCGGGCACGGUGGUCCAGGUCUACGCCUCGCACCAGCCCGACUCGGUGUUCCCUCGUGGCGUCACCCCCGUCACGUACAUCUUCGCUGACCCUAGCCAGAACUACGCACGUUGCGUCUUCUUUAUCAACAUCGAAGAUGGCAGCCCCGUUGCUGACAACGUCCCUCCGACCAUCAACAACUGCCCAAAUGACAUCUCGGUGACGGCUACCUCCGGUGCCAACAUAGCUGUGGUCACCUGGACGGAGCCCACAGCCACGGACAACGCGCCUGGCACUGUCACCCUGCAGUCGCCGACUGGGUCUGGCUCCAGCUUCAAUCUCGGCAGCACGGUGGUCACCUACACGGCCACUGACGCCUCUGGCAAUCAAGCCACUUGCUCAUUCACCGUCACUGUGAAUGCUCCAGAAGACAACACUCCACCAACCAUCAUCGGCUGUCCCACAGGGGCAACAGCCACCGCCUCAGUCGGCGCAAGCUCCGCCCCUGUCACAUGGACUGCCCCGACAGCGACGGACAACUCCGGCGGUCAGGUCACCAUUUCGGCCUCGGCGCAGCCCGGUGACAGCUUCCCCGUGGGAGCCACCACCGUCCUUUACACCUUCACCGAUCCAUCGGGCAACGAGGCCACCUGCUCCUUCAUGGUCGUGGUUAACGCUGUGGAAGGGCCAGACAGGGAAGCCCCGGUCAUCUCGGGCUGUCCAGGUGACCAGUCGGUCAGUCCGGACCCGGGCUCCGACUUUGCCACCGUAACCUGGGUGGAGCCCACAGCCGUGGACAACAGUGGCCAGGAGCCCGGCGAGGCCAAGUCCCACCAGCCUCCCGCCACCUUCCCACGCGACACCAUCACCCGCGUCUCCUACGUCUUCUUUGACAACUCGGGCAACUUCAACACCUGUGCCUUCACAGUUACUGUCUCGGGUAACGGAAACGGAGGAACAACGGACACCACGGACCCCGUCUUCACCAACUGCCCUGACAACAUCGUCUCCUACGUCAACGGUCCGGGUUCCACCGCCAGUGUUGAGUGGUCGGUGCCCACCGCCACGGACAACUCUGGUGUCCCACCCACCGUGACCGGCAGCCUCGCUCCACCCGUGAACCUGGGUGUGGGCUCGACGACGGCCUCCUACACGGCGACGGACGCUGCCGGCAAUCAGGCCACUUGUACCUUCAGCGUCAGCAUCAUACUGGACACGGAAGCACCAACAAUCACCAAUUGCCCAUCUGACAUCACGGAGGUCUUGCCAGCCGGCAGCAGCAGCGUGUCGGUGCCCUGGUCGGAGCCGUCCGCCUCGGACAACUCGGGCUCGGUUUCGGUCACCCGCAGCGACAACCCGAACUCUUUCUUUGCAGCCGGCAUCAAUGUGAUCACAUACACCUUCACCGACCCGGCCGGAAAUGAGGCCAUCUGCUCAUUCACGAUCACAGUCACCUCAGGUAAUAACACUGGCAACCCCUGUGCCAGCAACCCCUGCCCUGCAAACCAGGACUGCUAUUACAGACCCGACCCUCCAGAGUACCUCUGUCUCAAUCAGAGAAACAGGAGAGAUGUCAGCCAAGAUGACUGCAUGUGCCUAAAUGGCGGUGUUUGCAUACCUGACGGUUGGAGCUACUCUUGUGCCUGCCCAAGCAACUUCACCGGUGUCCUGUGCGAAAAGAAGAGAGCGAGCAUGGGUUCCGAUUCGACCAAGCCGCUGACCCCCAUGGAGCUAGAGAUGCACCAGGACCGGGACGGCUCCUUUGAGACGUGGCUGAUGGGGGCCGUGAUGGUUCUGCUGGGCUUUGUCAUUGUCAUUCUGGCCGUCACUGUCAGCCGACUGGCGCCCCGCACCGCCGCAGCCAGGACAGACGCAAUCGACAAGGCUAAUCUGGUCUACUAAAAAGGGCCCCUAGGGACUGUUUUGUGUAUUUAUAUUUUUAUUGCCGCAAAAUUAGAAUCGGCUUUUGAUAUUUUUUAACAUUUUAAAAGUUGUAACUAUUUUUUUAACAAUAGAUGUCUUAGUUUGCUUGAACUCGUUUUGAUGUAAUGCUGCGCUUAGUUUUGUGUUUGCAUUUUGAGGAGCUCGGUACUCUGAUGGCUGGUUUAUCCACAGUUCUGGGUCACUUUUUGCAAAUAUACUAAAAUAAAAAUCAUUUCUUAGAAGCUCACACAUAGAAAACAUGUAUCUUUCCGUGCUAUCCUUGCUAAGUGGUUUUUUUUUUUGGUAAUUUGCUCUGUAUGUAUAUGUAGCUCUGGGGAAAUGUUUUAAGCGGCUAUUUUUUUAAUUUUUAAGUUUUUAAAAAAUGUGUUUGCAAUCAACCAAGAACCAAAUUGUUUGGAGAAUGUCAAUCUUUUGUACUGGCUUAAAUGGCCCCCUUUCGGAGUCUCUGUAUCAUACCCCUUUAUUGAGAAUUCUUUGAAAACAUUUUAAAGGCUGAAACGAAUAUUUCAAACGCUGGUGCUUGUUUUUUGGAUUUUACGAAUGCGUUGCACGAAAAGCACAUAUUUUAAAUUAAACUGGACAUAAUAGUGACUUCCAUUUUUGAAAGGGUAGUUUUGUGGUAAACAUUACAAAAAUUGCAACAUGAAAAAUGAACAGUUUGUACCAUAAGAAUGACUUUGAAAUAAAAUGUUGUUUAAUUAAUAAGUCGUUUUUCUCGGAUGCAGCUAAAAGAUUUUUAAAAGGGGUCUUAAAAUUGACGCUGAAAAGGGCAUGCAAAUUUUGAACACUUUUAAAAAUAAAAUUAAAACGUUUCUCCUGAAA